CCUAAAAAUCAUUCGCUUUUCUCCUCCUGCUCUCCUUCGAAAUCCAUACCAAAAGCCGAAAACACACACAGAUAGAGAAAGGAGAGAGAGAAGCUUUAGAAAGCAGGUGUAGAGAGAGAAAAUGUCGGACGAAGAGCACCACUUCGAAUCCAAGGCAGACGCCGGAGCCUCCAAGACCUAUCCCCAGCAAGCCGGUACCAUCCGCAAGAACGGUUACAUCGUCAUCAAAGGCCGUCCCUGCAAGGUUGUUGAGGUGUCAACCUCCAAAACAGGCAAGCACGGACAUGCUAAGUGUCACUUUGUUGCAAUUGACAUUUUUACCGCCAAGAAACUCGAAGAUAUUGUUCCGUCUUCCCACAACUGUGAUGUUCCACAUGUUAACCGUACCGAUUAUCAGCUGAUUGACAUAUCGGAAGAUGGAUUUGUGAGUCUCUUGACUGACAAUGGUAACACCAAGGAUGAUUUAAGGCUUCCUACUGAUGAAGCUCUUCUCUCCCAGAUUAAAGAUGGGUUUGCUGAAGGGAAAGACCUUGUUGUCUCAGUUAUGUCAGCCAUGGGAGAAGAGCAGAUUUGUGCUCUGAAGGACAUUGGCCCAAAGAAUUAAGUUUCACCAGUCCUUUGGCCUCUCUCUGCCUGCUAAACUAGUACCUCAAACCUCCUUGAAUGAACUUUCAAUAGUGCGUAUGUCAUAUUGUUGAAAUUCAUGGACACAAACCUUCAUGUUCUCUGGUAUUUCGGAGAUGUUCGUUGACUUUCCUAUGCACAUUAUAGCAUCUAUGUUGUGUCAUUUAUAUAUAUAUAUAUAUAUAUAUAUUUGGCUUAGGAUAAUAUUUCUAUGAUCUGGGCAUGUUUUACUUCGGAUGUGGGUUUUCAGAUUAAACUUUCUUCUGAUAUGAUUUCAUAUCUGGAGGACUUAAUUCUAAUACAUGAAUAUUGAAGUUGAAGGUUAAGUUGCAAUUA